UUCCAUUUUAGGCUGAAAUUCAGGAAGGAUUACUGGAGGGGCAAAACCAUGACUGUGACAGUCAGUUUCAGAUACUUGCCACAGAACGCCUGAUGUUUCUUAAUGAGAUUCCUAAGGAUGAUGGGAUCCCUCCCGAGAGUGAAGAGACUUUAGCACAAUCCUUAGUGGGGGUCUGCCUGGUGGUGAGUAAUUAAUGGACACCUGGUGUCUCUUUUUUGCAAGCUCUGCAAGGACAUGAGCUGAUGUCAUCGCAAGCCCCCAUGAUAUGAUAUUGCCUUGGGAGGAAACAUGAUUUGGAACAACACCACUAUGGACGGGGAAGGGAGGCUUGUGAAAAGGGAUUCCUGCUUUCGGAUCCUCACCGGCUGCUUCCUUUCCUUGCUGAUUCUUUCCACGCUCCUAGGGAACACACUGGUCUGUGCUGCGGUCAUCAGGUUCCGCCAUCUGAGGUCCAAGGUGACCAACUUCUUUGUGAUCUCCCUGGCAGUCUCAGACUUGUUAGUAGCCGUCUUGGUCAUGCCUUGGAAAGCCGUGGCGGAGAUAGCUGGAUUCUGGCCUUUUGGGUCCUUCUGUAAUAUUUGGGUGGCAUUUGAUAUCAUGUGUUCCACAGCCUCCAUCUUAAACCUGUGUGUCAUCAGUGUGGACAGAUACUGGGCCAUCUCCAGCCCAUUUAGGUACGAGAGGAAAAUGACCCCGAGGGCAGCCUUCAUUAUGAUCAGUGUGGCAUGGACUUUGUCCGUGCUGAUCUCCUUCAUCCCAGUGCAGCUGAACUGGCACAAGGCUAAAUCCACCAGCUUCUCAGACCUGAACUCCAGUUUCCAAGGGGUAGCCAUGGACAACUGUGACUCCAGCUUAAACAGGAUGUACGCCAUCUCUUCCUCCCUCAUCAGCUUCUACAUCCCAGUGGCCAUCAUGAUAGUCACCUAUACGAGGAUAUACAGGAUUGCUCAGAAGCAAAUCAGGCGCAUUUCCGCCUUGGAAAGAGCAGCCGUGCACGCCAAAAACUGCCAAACCCCCUCCGGCAAUGGGAGCAGCAUGGAUUGCCAGCAGCCAGAAAGUUCCUUCAAAAUGUCCUUCAAGAGAGAAACGAAAGUCUUGAAGACUUUGUCGGUGAUCAUGGGGGUGUUUGUGUGCUGCUGGUUACCCUUUUUCAUACUGAACUGCAUGGUGCCCUUCUGUGAGCCCACCAUGCAAUCCAAGGGAGCAGAACCGUUUUGUAUUAGUUCUGCCACUUUUGACGUCUUUGUUUGGUUCGGAUGGGCCAACUCUUCACUGAACCCCAUCAUCUAUGCCUUCAACGCAGACUUCCGCAAGGCAUUCUCCACUCUCUUGGGAUGCUACAGACUCUGCCCCGCUUCCAUCAAUGCGAUAGAGACGGUUAGUAUUAACAACAAUGGGGGCAUAGCCUUUUCCAGUCAGCUUGAGCCCAGAGGGUCCAGCCCCAAAGAGUGCAAUUUAGUCUAUCUGAUCCCCCAUGCUGUUAUAUGCCCAGAAGAAGAUGACAUGGCAAAAAAGGAAGAGGAGGAGGAACUGUCUAAAACGCUGGAGAAAAUUUCUCCAGCCCUAUCAGGUGUCUUGGAUUUUGAAGCUGACGUUUCUUUGGAAAAGAUCAACCCCAUCACACAAAACGGUCAGCAUAAAACCUGAGGUGUGAAAGAGCUAGCAGCCCAUCGAAAUGCAGAAGGAAGAUUUGUAAGGUGUUUCUCUCUCUCUUUUUCUUUUGUAAGAAAGUGUGCUAUCGGGAGAGUUUCUUAAAGCCAUCACACAAAAGCCCAGAGCUCAGUUAGCUGCUGUUUGACAGAAGCAUCCAAUUUAAAACAAAGAAUUCCAAGCUGCAUAACAUUGUAUUUAGAGAUUGUUCUAUGUUGUUCACCCUGAAUUUGAAACAGAUCUAAAUUGUAGAUACUGCUCAGCUGCGAAGGAAAUGGAAAAUCAGCUUGUUAAAUGUUGGCAGAAACAGAACUGGGGGGGAGGCUAAUGGAUUUUAUUUAUGAACAAAAUGUAUUAAGCUAAGUAUGAGGUUCCUGUUUGACUUGCAUAGUUGUCUUUGAGUGUUCAUAGGUUGCAAGUAAAGUUUGGUGACUUUUGCCAGGUUAGGUGGAUGCCUUUAUAAAUGAUUUCUGAACAUCAAUAGAGCCUUAUAACAAGAGUGGAAUAUUUUUAAUAGUAGGAAGACAAUGUGUCA